CAGCGGCGAGUGAUUAACAGCCAGAUAAACAGCUGAAAGUGUUGGCGUGAUUACCCUUCGCCGUUCGCAAGUCCGCGGACCUGGUUCUUUCUGUCGCCCAAUACACCUCGGGCAGGAGCGGUCCUCGCAGCGGCACAAGACCGAAACUGCCACGAAAUUAUCCCGAUGUGCUAUUCAGUUUCGUAGACAGCGAGUAGUGUUUAUUUUAUUUUAUUUUUUUUAUCGAAGUCUCCCGUUCUCCUGAGAUCCACAUCGAGGAACACGAGAUUUGUGCGCUUUUGUGUUUGUGAUUUCGUCUUGAAGUCAUGAAUAUGGCGUCGGCUCGGAUUUCCAAGGCAACUCUUCUCGUGGCGGCUUUGCUCUUCGCUCUCCUAAUUACCGCGAAGCCGCGGAGGACGGCACCAUCAGCACGUGUUGCGGCGCUGAUAACAUCCUGGACAUGACCACCAACUUCGGCCAGCUGGACACCUUCGUCAGCCGCUGCCCCGCCUGCAUGGACAACAUCAAGAAGAACUUCUGCUACUUCACCUGCCACCCGAGACAUUCCAACUUCCUCAGGCCCACUGAGCUUUACGAGACGGAGAACUCCACGUCCGUCUUCUCCACCGACUUCGUCAUCCACCCGAAGUAUACGAACGACACCUUUGACUCCUGCAAGAACGUGUACUCGCCGGAGCUCAACAUGCCCGCCCUCGAGAUCCUCUGUGGCAGCGCCGGGAGGGAUUGCACUCCCGAGAAGCUGUUCUCGUACUUCGGCAACAACGAGUUCGCUCCCUUCAACAUCACGUACGUGUGGGCGAGCGAGGACCUGGAGGGCGUGGACAACGUCUGGGGCAACGCCACGCUCACCUUGCAUCCCUUCGACGUCUCCACCACGCCCUGCAACACCUCGGACCCCUCGAUGCACUGCCUCUGCUCCGACUGCCGCUCCUCGUGCCCCCCUCUGCCCGAGACGCCCGAGGACAAGGGCCUGGCCAUGGUCGGGAGCAUCGACGCCCUCACCUUCUCCCUCAUCCUCAUCUACUGCGCGGCCGUCGUGGGGAUAAUCGUGGCGUCGUGUUUCUGGAGGAGAGUCAGUCCGAGGCGAGGCGAAGGCUCUCCCUUGACCCCUGACAACGUGGGCGACCCUGGCUGCUUCGAAAAACUCUCGGCGAAGAUGGAAAAGUCGAUCAAACGAACGUUCUCCGUGUUCGCGAGAUUUGUAGCCAAGCAUCCCUUUUUCUUCAUCUUCGUCAGCUUGAUACCUGUGAUCCUUCUCAGCGUUGGUAUCAUGUAUCUCCAGCUGACCACCGACCCCGUGGAGCUGUGGGCGUCGCCGACUUCGAGGUCAAGGAAAGACAAAGACUACUUCGACUCUCACUUCGCCCCCUUCUUCCGCACCACGCAGAUCAUCAUCAGGGCCAAGAACUACGACUGGUUUAACGUGACCACGGAACCGUCUCCGGGCGCCUUCAAGACCUACAACUUCGGGCCCGCGCUCAACGAAACGUUCCUGCAGGAGGUCAUGACUCUGCAAAACGAAAUUGAAAAUCUCGUAGGAAAGCUGGAUGGCGAGAACGUGACCCUGAGGGACGUUUGCAUGAAGCCGCUGGCGCCGCAGGAGGACGACUGCUUGAUCCAGAGCGUCGUCAACUACUGGCAAAACGACCCUGAGAAGCUGCAGGCGGACAUCGAUAAGGGCGAUUUUGCAUAUGCGAAACAUUUUAUUUCCUGCGUCAGCAACCCUGUCCAGCUGUCUCCGGACCUGUGCCUGGGGUCCUACGGCGGCCCGAUCUUCCCCUACACCGCCCUCGGAGGCUUCCUGAAGGAGGAUGACCUCAUCUCCGACAGUCCGUCGUACUGGGAGUCGACGGCGCUUGUCAUCACCAUUCUCCUCGCGAAUCACAACGACAAGUCGCUCCUCGGACCUGCCUUGGCGUGGGAAGAAAGGUUCCUCGAGUACAUGAAGGAGAUCGUGAACGGGAACCUCACCCUCAACAUGGACAUCGCCUACAACGCCGAGCGAGGCAUCGAGGACGAGCUCAAGCGGGAGAGCAUGAACGACGUCCUCACGAUCCUCAUCAGUUACCUCAUCAUGUUCGCUUACGUCGCCAUCGCCCUGGGCAACGUCCCCUCCGAGUGCCGGCGCCUCUUCGUGGAGAGCAAGAUCCUGCUGGCGCUCGGAGGCGUCACCAUCGUCAUGCUGUCGGUGUUCGCCUCCCUCGGCUUCUACGGCCUCGUCGGGGUGCCGGCCACGCUCUUCGUCAUGGAGGUGAUCCCCUUCCUGGUGCUGGCCGUGGGCGUGGACAACAUCUUCAUCCUGGUGCAGACGUGGCAGCGGGAGCCCCGUCAGGAGGGCGAGAGCAUCGAGGACCACGUGGGCCGCGUGGUGGGCAAGGUGGCCCCGUCCAUGCUGCUCUCCACCUGCGCCGAGGCCCUCUGCUUCUUCCUCGGAGGCCUUUCGGACAUGCCCGCCGUCUACGCCUUCGCCCUCUACGCCGCCCUCGCGCUCGUCAUUGACUUCCUCCUCCAGAUGACCUGCUUCGUGGCGCUCCUCGCUCUCGACGCCCGCAGGGUUGAGUCAAACCGAUGGGACAUCUGCUGUUGCGUCGAAGGGGAGAAGCCGGCUUCCACGACGCAAGAAAAGACCGUCUGUUUCAAAAUCUUCCAGCACGUCUACGCUCCUUUCCUCCUCAAGGACAUCGUUCGCAUGAUCGUGUGCAUCGUGUUCCUGGGGGCGUUCCUGGCGUCCCUCGCUCUCGCACCCAAGAUAGAGGUCGGCCUCGAGCAGGAUCUCUCCAUGCCAGAAGACUCCUUCGUCCUCAAGUACUUCCAGUAUCUCAACAGAUACCUCUCCGUCGGUCCCCCGGUUUACUUUGUGAUGACUGAAGGCUACAACUUCACUGACUUUGACGAACAGAACCUGGUGUGUCAAGUGUCAGGUUGCAACGACGACUCCAUCCUUCAGCAAAUAUUCAUCUCGUCCCUGAAACCUGAAACGUCGUACUUAGCUUCCGGCGCUUCGUCUUGGCUCUCCCCUUACUUCACGUGGCUCAAGGACUACGUGGAUUCCGGCUUCGACAUCGGUGCCUGUUGUCGGCUGGACAGCGACGGCAAUUUCAUCAACUCCUCGGCGCUGGUAGACAUGAACACCGUCACGACAUGCAUGCAGCCAGAAGACUUCGAGGACGGUCGCCCCCAUCCCUUCCUCUUCAUGAAGCACCUCGAGGACUACUUGAACGACAACCCCCACGAGACCCUGUGCGCCUCCGCCGGACACCCAGCUUACGGAGACGCCGUCAAGGUCUUGCAGGAGCCGUCGGGAGAGAAAUACGUGGGCGCCAACUACUUCAUGGCGUACCAUUCCAUCCUGAAGACGUCCGAGGACUUCACCAACGCCAUGGACUUCGCGUACCAGCUGAGCGCGAGCAUCACCAGCUACCUGCAGAAGAACAGCAAAUUUACCCCCGACGUUGAAGUGUUCCCUUACAGCAUCUUCUACGUGUACUACGAGCAGUACCUGACGAUGUGGACUGACACGGGCGUGAGUCUGGGCGUGUCCGUGGCCUCCGUGUUCGGCGUCAUGCUCCUGCUGACCUUUGACCUGACCUCCUCGGCCGUCGUCCUGCUCACCAUCGCCAUGAUCGUCGUCGACAUGAUGGGCAUGAUGUUCUGGUGGGGCAUCUCGCUCAACGCCGUCUCGCUCGUCAACCUGGUCAUGGCGGUGGGGAUAUCCGUAGAGUUCUGCAGUCAUGUAACUCACGCUUUCGCCACCUCGGUCCAGCCCACAAGAUUAUUACGAGCCCAAGAAGCGCUUUCUACAAUGGGGUCUUCUGUGCUGUCGGGCAUCACCCUCACCAAGUUCGGCGGCAUCAUCGUGCUGGGCUUCGCGCAGUCGCAGAUCUUCCGCGUGUUCUACUUCCGGAUGUACCUGGGCAUGGUGGUGGUCGGCGCGGCGCACGGCCUCGUGUUCCUGCCCGUCAUUCUCUCCCUCUGCGGCCCGAGACUCAACCGAGUGCUGGCGAACGAGAAGAAAGAGAGAGAGAAUAAAGCAGCGGAAGAGAAACACGGAGAAGCCAACAUCGGAUUUCAGUCUGAUCUCCAUUUGUAGGCGGAGAAUGUGGAAUAAGGAAGGGAGGAGAGAGAAAGAGAGAGAUGGAAUAAAGAGAGGAAGACGGGUUGGAGAGCUUGAUAGACGGAGACGAUGAGCGCUGGAGAGAGAGAGAGAGAGAGAGAGAGAGGAGGCGAUAAAGAGAGGGGGGAGAGGAAAAGGGAAGGAGGGAGGAAAGGAGAGUGAGAGAAAGCUUGGUUUCAAUAACAAUACCGUGAAGAGAGAGAGAGAGAGAGUUAGAGAGAGAAAGAGAGAGAGAGAGAGAGAGAGAGAGAGAGAGAGAGAGAGAGAGAGAGAAAGA